AGAAUCUAGAGUUCAAGACUGGAAAGCCAAUUUGCUGACUACAGGGCACUUCCCAGUAAUGAAACUGGAAGUUCCCAGAAGCAACUUUGUAAUCUGUGAUCAUAUGUUCCCACUCCCUGCAAUAAGGAAAUACCUGGUGUCUUUUAAUUCUGAGUCCGAGUCACUUUCCAGUGCUCUACAAAGAGACAGAGGCUGUUAGCUAUGGCUGAAGACAGCUGCAAAAAAAAAACGCCAUAAGAAUUUAGAAGCUCUGUUGAAAUGUGUCCUUCGGAGUACAUCAGAUAACUUGGUGAAAAAAAGAUUUCCCAAAUUGAAGGAAGAGGAAAAGAAAAAACAUCGUGAUGCCAAAAUUGAAGACAGGCCCCUCGUCGUGACAAACCACAUGCUAAAGAUCAACAGGGCUGGACAAACAUCUGUGCAGAUCCUACCUACUACGAAUCAUAAGUCGACCGGUGUAAAAAAAGACAAUCGCAAAAAAGAAAUACUUAAGGUGUUGGAAUACCUGGGCAAAGAUAUGCUUCAUGGUGUUUUUAAUUAUUUGGCAAAACACGAUGUUCUGACAUUGAAGGAAGAGGAAAAGAAAAAAUAUUACGAUGCCAAAAUUGAAGACAAGGCCCUGAUCUUGGUAGACUCUAUGCGAAAGAAUCGUGUGGCUCAUCAAAGGUUUACCCAAACCCUUCUCAAUAUGGACCAAAGGAUCACCAGUGUAAAACCACUUCUGCAAAUCGAGGCUGGACCACCUGAGUCAGCAGAAUCUACAAAUACUCUCAUACUUUGUCCUCAUGAAGAAUUCCUGAGACGGUGUAAAGAAAACCAUGAUGAGAUCUAUCCUAUAAAAAAAAGAGAGGACCGCAAACGCCUGGCUCUCAUCAUAUGUAAUAUAAAGUUUGAUCAUCUGCCACCAAGGAUUGGGGCUCACUUUGACAUCCUGGGGAUGCAAGAGCUGCUUCAGGGCCUGGACUACAAUGUGGUUGACAAAAAGAAUCUCACAGCCAGGGAUAUGGAGUCAGUGCUGAGGGCAUUUGCUGCCCGACCAGAGCACAAGUCCUCCGACAGCAUGUUCCUGGUGCUCAUGUCUCAUGGCAUCCUGGAGGGAAUCUUCUUUGAUGUCUCUACAGAAAGACGUGGGGAACACUGGGUCAGAGACUCUCCGGCAUCCUUGGCAGUCAUCUCUUCACAGUCACCUGAGAACCUGGAGGAAGAUUCUGUUUGCAGAGUCCACGUGGAGAAGGACUUCAUUGCUUUCUGUUCUUCAACACCACAUAACAUGUCCUGGAGAGACCGUACAAGGGGCUCCAUCUUCAUCACAGAACUUAUCACAUGCUUCCAGAAAUAUUCUUGGUGCUACCACCUAAUGAAAAUAUUUCAGAAGGUACAGAAAUCAUUUGAAAUUCCAAAAGCUAAAGCCCAGAUGCCCACUAUAGAACGAGUAUCCUUGACAAGAGAUUUCUACCUCUUUCCUGGCAAUUGAAAAUGAAACCACAGGCAGCCCAGCCCUCCUCUGUCACAUCAAAGAGCACCUUUACCUGUAUAGCUUGCAUAUUCAACAUUUGGUGUUUUGAUAAAAGUAAAGAUGAUAUCUUUUUAGAUUGUGUGAACUGUAUAUUUUUAGAUUCUCUAAUAGACAAUAUAAUUUCCAUGAAAAUGGUGGACAAGUGGAAAUGAAGUGGAAGAAGCUAACUGGAUUUUCGAGUUUUAUGGCUGAUGUAACAUCUAUACUUGGCUGAUGAAGACGACUGACUGUGACUUACCGCCAACAAUAGGAUGAAAGAAGAUGGUAUCUAAAAGUAUAAGAAAGAUACCACCUCAUACCCAUUAGAAUGACUCCCAUCAAAACAUACAAACAAACAGAAAAUAACAGGUGUUUGCAGUGAUGUAGAAUAAUUGGAACCCUCUGCUCUGUUGGUGAGAAUGUCAAAUGGCACCACUGUGGAAAACAGUAUGAAAGUUCCUCACAAAAGUAAAGCUAGAAUUAUCAUAGGAUCCAAACUCCACCUUUGGGUACAUACCUAAAAUAAUUGAAAGCAGGGUCUCAAAUAUAUAUUUAUACACCCACGUUCAUGGCAACGUUGCUCAUGUUAUCUAAAAAUGUGGAAGCAACAAAAGUAUCCAUGGACUGAAAAAUUGAUAAGUAAAAUAUCAUAUAUAGAUACACUAAAAUGUAAUUUAGCAUAGAAAAGAGGGAAGUUCUGACAUAUGCUAAAAUAUAGAGGAACUUUGAGGACAUUAUGCUAGGUAAAAUAAGCCAUUCACACACACAAAAAUACAAUAUGAUCACACUUAUAUGAGGCACCUAGAUUAUCAGAUUCACAGAGACAGAAAGUAGAAUGGUGAUUGCCAGGUACUAGGGCAGGAGAAAAUGAAGAGUCAUUUAAUGGUUAUAAAGUUUCAGAUUUACAAGAUAGAAAGAAUUCUGGAGGUAGAUGGGUGAUUGUUGUGCAAAAUUAUGAAUGUAUUUAAUACUAUUUGGCUGUACACUUAAAAUUGUUAAGCUUGUAAUUUUGUUAUGACGUUUUACUAUGAUAAAAAUUGCGAAAAUAUAAUGAUACAAUUGAAAGUGAGAAGGUAUGAGAACAACAUUAAUCAACUUACAUAGAGAAAAUUUUAGCUACUGAGCAACAUUGAUUAAAGAAGAAAUUAUGGUUAAAUAUAUUAUUAAUUGUUUCACAAUUAAUAAAAGGUUUGAACAUCAUGACAUUAUCAAAUAUUAGGUAGAAUAGACUAGAUAUGUGGCAAUGUAAGUGAGCUGCAUCUCACUUCUCAUAUGAGGUAGUCAAUGGCAUUGUUUAUGUUCUAUAUAUCAGGAAACACAGAGUUGUAAGGGUCAUUAUUGAAAAUUCCAAAUGUUACUGCCAAACAAAACAAAACAAAAAUAAUUGAAGGAAAUUACAUCUAGUAUGUGGGACUGAAGGUGGGAAGAGUUGUACUGGGAAAUAUGAUUUUUAUUGUAUUCUUUUCUGUACUACAGACUGUCUCAUGAAUGUAUUACUUUGACAAAACAUUUAAAAUUAUAUAGAAUUGACACUUUUUAAUAAUUUAUAGAUGUCCAAAAAUCAGAUAGUAUUGAAUUUUAAUGUGUUGGAUUUUUAAAGGGUUUGUCAUAUGUUGUGAAGCAAAAAUUAAACAAAUGGAGCAAAUUGUUGAUAAUAUAAUAAUAUGAUACUGGUGCUAUAAGGAAAAAAGAUAUAGGUAAAUAUGUGUCUGCCAGUUAUUUAUUUCUGGGUAUCGAAACACCCAAAACCUCAGUAGCUUAAUGCAAUAAGCAUGUACUAUUGUUCACAAGGUUACCAGUUAGCUAAGUAGUUCUUGACUCUGCUGAGAUUAUCCAUGCGUCUGAGAUCACCUGUGCAUGGGGUAGGCAUCUUUACUGAAAGGCUGGGAUCUCUCAUAUGUUUGGAACACACAUGGCUGAAAGCUGGUCUAGAAUGACCUUGGCUGGGGCAACUAGCCUCUUUUCCACAUGAUGUGUCUUAUUACCUAGCAAUGUAGCUCAGGCUCAUCCUAAUUUAGUUUCAGGUGUCCACGAGGAAGAAGAGCACCAGGCUUUGUAAAGCCUGAGCUGGGAAUUGCACCAGAUCCUUCUACUGCAUUAUGUUGGCCAAAACCAAAUCAUAAGACUAGUUCAGGGUUGAAGCAAAGGGCAAGGAUACUAGGAAGCCAAUGAUUAAGGAAAUCAAUAAAAUCAGUAAUGUACUAAGUGUUUUACAAAAGCAUAGAAAAAAUUCAGAAAGAUGCAAGCUAAACAUAUAACUGUGGUUACCUUGUGUCAAAUUAGAGUGUGGAUAAUCCUUUUCCACUUUACAAACUUUUCUGUUGUUUAAUUUUAGUGGUAAACCUAUAUUUAUUAUUCAAAAAUGAUUUAAGUAUCAGUCUUUUGUAUAUUUAAUGAACAAAAAUACCCAAGUGAGUGUUAUAGAUAAACAAUACCCCAAUAGACAAAUGAACAGAACUGGAGAGAGAAGAAAAGAGAUCACUUAUGCGACCUUUUGAAAUAGUGAAUGGAGUAUCACUGGCAGCCUUAAGUCAGACUCUGUCCCCUCACCUUCCAAAUUUGUACUUCCAGGGUUGUGCAGGCAUCAGUGGAGUGAGAACUCCCAGCAAUGUAGAGGCUAGUGGUGGUACAAUGACAAAUAAGAGUUUGAUUUGAAUUAUUAACGGUGUUAAAAAUUGACAGGAAAACAGAACACAGAGACUUCUGUUUGUGUGUAAGUGUGCAUGCUUUCAUUGUGAUCGAUUUGUUAUAUCCAAAAGAAAAUUUUAUAAGGGGGAGGAAAAAUCAUUGAGAUUUUUCUCAAUUGAGAGUGCGAAAUGAUAAGACAAAUUUGGGAAAGAAAAUUGUAUGGUUGCAGUGUAAAGUUAAAUUAUGGUUUGAAAAGAUUAGAUGAACUGAUGAAACAUAUAGGAGUGAUUAUUUGUCCUGGGGACAGUGUAAAUUAUUUUAUAAUAUUAUUAAACAGGGGCAUUAUAUAUAGUCAGAUUUAUAAUUAAGAAAGAUGGCUUGCAGAAUGGACAGCAGGUUGAAUGGCAUACAAGAAGUCAAAAUUGCCUGUGUUACAAUUCUUUGCCAAGAUUCCUAAAACUAAGGUUGGAUAGAAUUAGAAUUCAUAACUAGGAAUCAAAGUAAAAAUGAAUUGGGUUCAAAUAAUAUUCGUACUUUUUUCUGUUAGUCUUUCAUUUCCAAACGACUUCUCUUUCCCUCCAUUCAUUUAUGUGGCUAUCUUCCAUUGGAGAUAAUAAUAAUCAGUAAUGUCACCCAAAGAGAAAAGAAUAAUUUGACUCAAAAGGGGAACAUUAGACUUAAAAAUAUAUAAUAUAUAAAAACUCUCUUAUCUGCCUUGAAGGGCAGGCAUUUUCUGAAAUAAAGACAAGAAUUUAGUGAAACUAUUUUCCUUUACUCAGAAGAAGGAUCCACCACAUUCCUUGUUUCCCUAACUUCCAGUGAAAGAGAAAUAAAUAGUGUUGACAUAUACUCACAUUAGCAAGUAUUUACACAUAUUUUGAAAGUUUUAAAGACAUGGUCCCUGUAAUCUUUUGCCUUGUAAUCUUUUGAUCCGUAAUCCCACCCCACCAUCAUUUUUAGUUGGAGAAUAUGUAUAACAACAGAGAAAAGUAUGAGAUGCUUUUUAACUUUUAAUUUUUGUGUUAUUACAAAUAAUGAAUGCAUUUAUGAGAUACAUGAGAUAUAUUGAUACAGGCAUGCAGUGCACAAUAAUCACAUCAUGAAAAAGUAGGAUAUUUACACCCUCAAGCAUUUAUUCUUUGUGUUACAAUCAAAU